UUUCUUUUAAGGGAAAAAAUUGGUCAGGUGCAUGCAGGAGUAUUCACUUGUGACAUUAGUGGUUACAUACAGCCCGCCACAGGCCUUAGCACGCUGAAGGCCAGGCUGUAUUUAUUCACUUCGGUUACAGUUCCAAGAUGUAACACUACACUUUCUUGUAGUUUGAUAACCAGACACAAGGCCUAAUUAACAGCGCCUUCUCAUAUGUUUUCAUAAAUUAUGCUGCUAAUCUGUGCAGCUAAAUGUCAAUCACACUUCAUUUAAAUGUGCAUUUAUUUCAGCGUGCAGUGACAGAGGGCUGAUGCUUUUUCAUCAGUGGUUGUCCCACUGUGCUCUGUGCUGUGUGGCCUCACCUCCAGCACCGGGUGUGGUUUUGGGCAUGAUGAUUGAGAGGGGUCUAGAGGGCAAGACGUAUGCGGAACAGCCGAGGUCCUUUGGUUUGUUCAGCCCAGAGCAGAGGAAGAUGAGAGGAGGCAUCACGGCAGCCUACAGCUCAUGAGGGGAGCAGAGAGCCAGCACUGAUAUCUGCUCUGGUGACAACAACAGGACCCAAGGGAACAGCAUGGAGUUGUGGCAGGGGAGGGUCAGUUGGACAUCAGGAAAAGGUUCUUCAACUGAGGAUGGUCAUUAAUGGAACACGUUUCCCAGGGCAGUGUUCACAGCCCCAAGCUGGACAACGAUCUCAAUCAUAUAUUCUGAUUUUUGGGUGGUCCCUUAUGGAAAUGGACUUGGUGAUCCUGUUGGAUCUCCUCCAACUUGAGAUAUUCUAUGGCUCCGUGUUUCCAUGAAAGGGCAGAAAUUGAUUGCAUGUUUACAGUCUUUGAUUAAAAAUAAUUUGUAACAAAAAGAUCUUGCAAGAUUCUCCUCACAGCUCAUUUGAUUCCUCUCCCUUUUCAUCAACCACCAGCAGCACUGAACAGGGCGUUUUGUUGCAAGCUCCAGCUCUUUUGGACAAAGGUGAAGAGAUUCACCUUAGCUACUAUCCUCUGUAAAGUUGUUUACAAUAAAUGGUUAGGGUUCUUGUUUUCAGUUCUGUUCCAGCUCCAGGUUGGCCUGGUCUUCUGGUUGCUGCAGUAGUGCAUGGAACUCCCUGAAGAUGCAUGGUACUCUGCUGAGCCAGCCAGGGUGAGCAGGGUGACGACCAUGCUGAAUGUCUGUCUUUCCUUCUCUUGAGAGAUAGAUAGCUGCAUAUGCAUAUCCUUCAGAGCAGAUUUUCAUUGCACAUUCGUUUAUUAAAAUGUAACUGCAGACAAACACUACAACAUAUAUGUGCAUUUCAGAAGCUUUGGGCCUCCAUAAGGACAGAGAACAUGUUUCCCCAAAGGGAAGAAUACAUUUAUUAACUGCCUGGAUGAUUGGGUUUCCCGCAUAUCCUCCCAGCGAUUCCAAUCAUGUCCGGAUUGUCUUGUCCUAAUCUGUGUAAAUAUAAGAACUCUGUUAUAACAUGAUGCAGGAGCUUAAGUAGAAUUUAGGCCAGUGACAGAUAAUCUGCUUUGCCGCUUGUUUUGAUUGAUUCAUUAACAUUUAGAGGUAUUCCCCUUUAAAUAAAGCUACCACUGAAAUGAGCGUGCUAAAGCAAGCUAAUAGGCUGUUUUUUUUUUCUUGAAACAUAUUACAUCUUCUAAUAGCAAUGCAGGUAAACUAGUGUUGCACCACAAUUUUUGACUCCUUCUCGUGUCAUUUUAUGUUGAGACCUGGUUGCCUAAAGACUUCAGAGAUACGUGAUUCUUAUGCAAUGAGGAAUUAGCACAAAAAUUCUGCCAUAAGCAUAGUGCUUGUAAUGUGGAACCAAGUGGAUUAGCUAUUACAGGAUGGCCAUUAGCCACUAUCACGAGGUGGGUGUGGCAUCCUGAUGAGGUCUGAUUUGGUGUUGUCUUGAGGUGUAAUUUCCAGCAGAACCGGACAACAUGUAACCUUCACUACGGAGUAAAAGCUCAGUUGGAGUGGAAAGACAAAAUAAAAUUGGUAUUGAUGGGAAAAAAGCCUUCAAGGAGUCAGGAGGCAAAAAAAGCAAUGCUGAUCGUAAACUAGAUUGAGGAAUUCAUGCCUGCAAAAGAAGUGAAGGCACAACAAUCCAAGUUUUCUAUCUCAAGGAUACACAACAAGGAACCAGUAAAAAGCAAAUUGGCACCAUUAGUAAAACAGGAACUGGUGUGAUGAAGAAUUGGUAAUGGAGGAUAGGUAAUUUUGAACUCCUAAAGAACGAUACGCAGCACCGUAACAGCAAAAAUAAAAUAAUUAGCUGUAAGAUGGGAGCUGAAGACAGCACCACAGCCCGAGCUCGGAGAAAACAACAGAGAUCAACCAGAUCAGCCCGCCAACACCUCCCGCGUCCAUCUUGCGCUCAUGAAGGCGGACCCCCGCGGGGGCGGAGCCACACGGGUCAGUCACGCCCUCCUGCUGCUGGAUCCGCCCCCCGGUCCUCGGGGCCUGCGGCGCUGCUCGGCCGCGGCCGGAUCUUCUCCGGUCGGAGCGACGCGCCCGGGGUAAAGGGAGGCAUUGAGACUACCUUAAAGAAAGAAGUUCUACAUUAUGACUAUUCUUCUUCAUAUUUUGAUAUAUUUCUACUGGCAGUCUUUCGAUUUAAGGUGUUAAUACUUGCAUAUGCAAUGUGCAGACUGCGCCAUUGGUGGGCAAUAGCUUUUACAACAGCGGUGACCAGUGCCUUUUUACUAGCAAAAGUAAUUAUUUCACAGCUGUUCUCACAGGGUGCUUUUGGCUACGUGCUGCCCAUCAUAUCCUUUAUACUUGCCUGGAUUGAAACCUGGUUCUUGGACUUCAAAGUGUUACCACAAGAAGCUGAAGAAGAAAACAGAUUUUUGAUAGCGCAGGGUGCUUCCGAACGAGCAGCUCUCCUUCACCCAGGAGUCCUGUCUGAUGGGCAGUUCUAUUCUCCUCCUGAAUCUGUAGCAGGAUCUGAUGAAGACUCAGAAGAAAAACAAGACAGUGAAAAACCAGUUGUAUAGCAAAUAUGGAAAAGCAG